ACAGAAAUCGGGCAAGAAAUUUCACCAUGGCAAAGAGUGUGACGAUUUUGCUGCUAGUGCUGGUUUUGCACUAUGGGUUAUCCAUGGCAAUGGGCUAUAUAGAAGGAGGGGAGAGUAGAAGGGGAGGGAGAGAAGAAAGGGAAGAAGAAGAGUUGUUGUUUCUGUCGAAGGGCUACAAGCAAGUGGUGAAGACUGAUGCAGGGGAAGUGCGGCUGGCUAGGAGAGUUGCAGGGCCCAUGCACCUUGGCAUUGACAAAUCUGAAAGCUUGGGGAUGGAUCCUUUCCAGUCUUUCUUCAUUGGUGGCGGCUCAUCUAUCCUUGUGGGAUUUCCUUCUGGAACCCUUUCUACAGCCUUUAAUGCGUCCAAGAGGGUUCUGGGGGAUGUCCUGCGCAGGCAUCUAGAGGGUCCAAUUGUGUACAUGAACAGGUCUCAUGCACCUAGCUUUUGGACAAAAUUCAUACAACUCAGAGAGACAGACAGACUGCAACACCUGAAGAAGAUGGUGGAAUUCCGGCCAGAAUCCGGCCAAGGAGACGAAGGACAGAUGGGAUGGUCGUGGAGGAAACUCUUGAAUUCCUUCUUUGGAAUCAAAGACGGAUUGGACUGUAAAAAUGGUGCCAGCAAAUCCCCUGACUCGUACAACCUCUAUCAUAGAAAACCUGAUUUCAGAAACAACUAUGGAUGGAGCAUUGCUCUUGAUGGGUCGGAUUACAGUGCUCUGAAGUACGCUGGCAUCGGCGUUUAUCUCGUCUAUCUCACGGCGGGAUCGAUGAUGGCACCACAUGUGAAUCCCACCGCAACAGAGUAUGGCUUUGUACUGCGAGGAACUGGCAGAAUACAGAUUGUUUUCCCGAACGGAACCUCAGCACUGGAUGCAAAAGUAAGAGAAGGUGACGUGUUUUGGGUGCCGAGAUACUUCGCCUUCUGUCAAAUUGCAUCCAGGGCAGGCCCUUUUGUGUUCUUUGGAUUCACAACCUCCGCAGAAAAGAACCGGCCUCAGUUCCUCGUUGGAGAAAACUCACUGCUUCACAAGUUGUGGGGACCCGAGCUGGCUGCUGCCCUUGGCACGACCGAGGAAAGACUCGAACCAGUUCUACGUCGCCAACGUGAAGCCGUGAUCCUGCCCUCUUCAGAAGCAACACAGCCCCGUGAGGAGGAGAAGGCGGUUUUGGGGACAAUAGAAGAGGAGAUGAUUAUGGGGUUCUAAUGAGAAAGUUUCGUUAUUUAGUUUAGGUUUUGCUUUUAGUUCCUAGUUUUUAACUUCGCCUUUUUCGUUAGGCUUCGUUUAUAAUCUUCUAAAAUAAAGGCCAAACCACUUGAUUUGCAACUUAUAUCUUUUUGCAGUUAACACCUCAAAUUAAAUUUUCUUCCAUCAA